ACAUCCAAUCUCGAUUACUAAUUCAUAAGAGACUGAAAUCGACAAAAAGAAAAAGAAAAAGGAAAAAAAGAAGAGCAAAUCCUGCGAAACGAUGGAUGAACAGAAAAUGGCGGGAAAACCGCUUUCGAACGAGCGAAUGCUCCAUUAAACGAUCAUCAUCCGAAGACAAAAAGGUGAAGCAAGGAUGAAAAGGUAGGGGUAUCGAGACAGAAGAGAGGGACACGAAGGAGCGGAAAGCGAGAGAGAAAGCUCGCAGUCGACGCUAUUCUUCAUGAACGAGGGACACCUCUCUUUAUCUCCAUUCCGCGACGAGUUGGUUAAAACAGCUUCUCCUUCAGUUGUUGCUCGCCAACCCAGCGUUUCGCGCGGUGUCACGCACGCCUCUCGGCGAUUUCGGCGACGAGCUCUGCUCGUGUACAUCACACGAGCGACCACGUGUUUCGUUCCCUCUGCGAGCGCAACACCUGGAUUUCUUCCUCUUCCAUCUUCCUCGUACGACUCGUAUCCCACUGAAAAUUCACUGAUAACUUUUCUCGUCGCACGAGAAAAAUAAUCGGCCGAUAAUACCGAAAAGUGAAAGCGACAGAUGAGAUUUUUGUUUCGGUGCGUGUCCACACCGGUGCUUCCGUUCUGCUCGUCGUCGGCCUCUUUGGAAAUUCCGAAACGGUGAACGGAUCGUUGUAGGAUCGAUAUCAGAUCGAUCUCUCGAGGCAACAGAAACGCUGCGCGGGAAAAUCAAAGGAGAGGAAGGAAGAAGCCAUUCAUUUUCAUCGAACAAACUUAUUUUUCUCUUCCUAUGUGAAGAAAAAAUUUCGAAUAACAUUACGUGUAACCGAGUAUGUUGCCAUAUAUCGUAAAACGAAAAACGACGUUGAAUACUUGGACGAAAUCGAGGCGUUAUUAAGAUUGGUGAAAAAGAUAACACGUUUAAAGAGGUGCUAUUAACUCAAUUAUACAGUGAAAUCGAUUGCUCAAAUUUUUAAUGCACGGUUUACUGCCGAGAUCCCGAACAAUAAUCACAAAAUAAUCGGUUAAUGGUUGAAUCAUGAAGUUUAUGAUAAUGAGAGGUGAUUUUUUGCACGAUCAAGAUCACAAUCAAAGUUUUGCAAAUUUUUGAAAAUUUAUCGCUGAAGCACGUUGAUUUUACGUUUUUGUGCCAAAUCUCUCAUCUGUAUAUAUAACUAAAAAAAGGGGGGAAAAAAGAAGGAAUAGAAAUGUCACUGGUCAACUUUACCUUGCCGUAUCAAUCGGCGACGCCUACACCGUUCUUCUACGACGGGCAAAACGGAGGGCAAUCGACGGUGAACAACCUUCGCCUCAACGCCGUGCUUCCCCCCGCGCCAGCCCCAAAUUUCAACGAGCAGGAACCGUUCCAAAACGAGCCCUACAUACCGCCGAUCGGUUAUCAAAACCAGCAACAGCAAAGGCAACGCCAAUCGACGUUCAAUCGACAAAGGAACGGGAAUCCGUACGUCGAGCAUUCCUCCUUUUCCUCGACUCAGGACACGAGAUACGCGAACUACAAUCAAGAUUUCAGGAGGACGCAGCCGAGGCAACAGAUAAGACCUAGCGCACCGCCAUUGGCGCAACAGCAACAGCAACAGCAACGAGCAACUGUGGAAAAGGAGCAAGAGAACUUCAGAACGUCGAGAAUGCCGGAACAAGAAAGCUAUCCUGACAGACCUAAUGGGUAUACGAGAGUAAACGGGGAAAGUGGACCUGGUACAAAAACUUCGAUUCACGCUGUUUUAGACUAUGAUGACGACUUCGAGGAUUACUACGACGACAAAGAUCCAGAGAUACCAAGGGAUGCGCACGUCACGCCCAUUCAAGGCCCAAUUUUUUUAAAGAACGGCUCGGUCCCCGUAGUGCCACUGUAUUCUUAUCCUCAACUAAACAAUGGUACUUACGUACAAAUUCCGAUUCUUUGGACUGCACUUUCCGUCGCUCUGGGUGUCGAAUUAAGAGGAGACUUGGUACGCGGAGUACCAUGCAUUAAAAAAUAUCAUCAACUGUUCUGUCCAACUGCUGGAAACACAUAUCCCAUAGAGCGGAUAGAGCGUUUCAUCGACGAAAACAAGGCGUUAAUGAAGAGAAUGUAUGGUGACUUCGAAAUGAGUUCGGGAUACGGAUCACCAACGAGAGAGACUGGCCAUCAUCGUACACGUAGAAGAAGGAAAAGUAGAGAAGCUGUGAAACACGAUAUACCUGAUGGUGGACCCAAUUUCCGGGACGAAUUGGAUCCGGAAAUCGAGGCUAAUGGUGACUCAUUUUUCGCCAAUGUGAGAAAAACUAGAAACCCUAGACAGUCUCCUGGAAAAAAUCAUAAGGACAGCGGCAGAAUCGAUGCAUGCGAGUCCAAGGUGGAAAUAGUAACGCCCUAUUGGGCAAGCAACAGUGCUGGAAAGAUUCGUGCCAUCGUGAACACGCAGCAUUUUGAGCAAGCCAUUCACCAAGAAGUUUGCUCGAAAACCCAGACGAAUCGGUGCACCGGCGACUGUGGCUGCGAGCAAAAGUAUAAAUGGCACAGAUUGCUCGCCUACGACCCUGAUAACGAUUGCAAAGGUAUCUUCAUGGACUGGUUCCUCUUCCCUUCUUGCUGUGUGUGCAGAUGUGAACCGGUUGCUAACAAAUUUCCAUCGUCGAAUAAUCGAAAUUAAGAAUACUUCUCGACGUGUGAUUUGAUUGCAAUUUAUAAAAAAAAAAAAAAAUGGAAGAAUAUAUACUGUAGUAGGAUACAUAUUUGCCAUUUUAGUUUUCUUUCAUGUAUAUUUCAUCACUGAGAUCCUACUUAUUUAUGAGUGAUACAGUGUGUGAUUAGGAAGUAUUGGAGAAAUUAUUCCUUGUCACAUAUUAAUAUAAGGAAUAAAUAAACUAAUGGUAUAUAUCUAGGUUAUAAAUUAGAUUAUUAGAAUUUUCAAUAAUUAUCGAUACUGUGUGAUAUUGUAUAUUCCAUCAAUAUUAGUU